UCUAUUUUCUUUCUUUUUAUCUAUUUUGUGUAAAUUAUUUCAUCACGCUCCGCUCCAAAAAAUUGGGAAAAUCAGUGUUUUGAUAUGUAAUAAUAUUUAGAAGUGUUGCUUUUUAGUGACGUCAUUCUCGUCGUAAUCACCAUCCAAAUGAACUGACCCGUCCUGCGCCCGCUCCGCUCUGCUCCGCUCUCAGCCGGUCAGCGCUCCCCGGUCCCCAGAGACAGCAUUCUGAGUGAAAAAUGCCUCCCCCUGAUGGGUGCCAUCACAACCCAAGUGAAGAUGAUGGGAAUUCUCCUACCAGUCCACUGGACUUCCUGGAUCAGAACUACCAGGAGCUGCACCAGAACUGUCUCACUGAAAACACACUGUACAAUGAUGAGUUGUUCCCUCCAGACGACAGCUCCAUUGGCUUGUUUGAUGAUCUGCCGCCUGAUGUGGACAUGUCUCAAGUUGUGUGGAAGCGGCCAUCUGAAUUGGUGUCAGACCCUAAAUUAAUUGUAGAUGAUGUGUCAAGGUUUGACUAUGCACAGGGAGAUGUAUUAGGAAACUGUUGGUUCUUGGCUGCAAUUGGAGCUCUAACUUUUGAGAAGGAUAUCAUAAAACAGGUCAUGCCAGCUGAACAAUCACUCACCAAGGAUUAUGCUGGGAUAUUUCACUUCAGGUUCUGGCGAUUUGGGAAAUGGAUUGAUGUUGUUAUUGAUGACCAACUUCCAACUAUUGAUGAUGAACUACUUUUUGUGUGUUCAAAAACGUCUAAUGAGUUUUGGCCUGCUUUACUGGAGAAAGCAUAUGCAAAGGUGUGCGGGUCCUAUGCUGACUUGCACGCUGGUUACAUAUCAGAGGCCCUGAUGGACUUCACUGGUGGGACGCAUAUGUAUUAUACACUGAAUACAGCUCCUGCUGAUUUGUGGGAAAUCAUGGAACGUGCAUUCAAGUCGAAAACGCUUAUGGGCUGCGGAUCUAAAACAGGGACAACCCCUGAAGAAACUGAGUUACUUCAUGGCAUAAUUGCAGAGCAUGCUUACACUGUGACAGGGGUUUUUGAGGUGAUGAGUGAAGAAAAUCCAGUCCAGCUAGUGAGACUAUUAAACCCAUGGGGCCAAGAAGAGUGGCAAGGAGACUGGAGUGAUGGAUCACCUUUGUGGGACACAGUUUGUGAGGAAGUCCGCAAAAUUUGCCAUGAAGUUUUAAAUAAUGGGGAGUUCUGGAUGUCAAUGGAAGACUUUACCAACAUUUUUGAAAACAUAGACAUAUGUUGUCUCUGUCCUGAUUUUCUGGAUGGUUCCGCUGAAUGUCACUGGACGUCAGAACGACAUUUUGGCAGAUGGAAUGCUGAGACUACAGCAGGUGGUGACAUAAUUAAGACAGAGACUUUCUGGACAAAACCCUCAGUUUCGGGUGAAAAUUGAUGAGCUUAAUGAGGAAUGUGCUAGUGGCCAGCACCCUGAAAAUAUACUGGUGUCCCUCAUGCAGAACCAUGAGAAGAGACACAGAAAUAGCCAAGAUAAUUUUAAUAUUGGCU